GUGCGCGUGCACCGGCUCUUUAACGGACGUUCCGUCACGUGCUCGCGCUGCUCCCGCCCCGCCGUAGCGCCUGAGCGGCGGCGGAGGUGUCGGUGCUGUGGCUCCGGAGCGGGGCGUCCCACCGCGGGCUCCAUAAAAGGCCCAUGGAGACGGCGGAGCGGCCGUAGGGGGGGGAAUCAUGCUCUGCUUCACCUGGCUGCUGCUGCCGCUGCUGCUGCUGAGCGCCGCGCGCCAGGCGCCCGCUGACCUUUCCGCGACAGGUCAGCCCGGGCACGCGCUGGCCAGAUCCGCCGAGGACCACGAGGACGGCGGGGCGAGUCACCACGGAGGGGGAUAUAAGAUCGUGCAGUGGGAAUGGAGCUACGUCCAGACCCCCUACAUCAUCGCCAUCUGGCUCCUGGUGGCCAGCGUGGCCAAAAUCUUGUUCCACUUCUCUCAGCGGUUCACCACGGUGGUCCCGGAGAGCUGCGUGCUGAUCUUGUUGGGUCUGGUCCUGGGUGCCGUGGUCCUCAUUGCCAACAAGAAGCAGCUCUACCAGCUGGACCCAGGCCUUUUCUUUCUCUUCCUUCUGCCUACCAUAGUGGGAGAUGCUGGGUAUUUCAUGCCUUCCCGUCUCUUCUUCGACAACUUGGGUGCAAUCUUGAUGUAUGCAGUGGUGGGAACUCUGUGGAAUGCCUUCUGUACAGGCUUCUGCCUCUAUGGAGUUAAACUGGCCGGGGUCAUUGAUGAUAAGGUACAGGCAGGUCUGAUGGAGUUCCUGCUGUUUGGAGCUCUGAUCUCAGCGGUGGAUCCUGUGGCGGUGCUCGCUGUGUUUGAGGAAGUCCAUGUUAACGAGAUGCUCUUCAUCAUCGUCUUUGGCGAGUCACUCCUGAAUGAUGCAGUCACUGUGGUGCUGUAUAAAGUUUACAUCUCCUUUGUGGAGGUGGGCCCUGGAAAUGUCCAAACAGCAGACUAUUUUAAAGGAGUUGCCUCCUUUCUCGUCGUCAGUAUUGGAGGGACAAUGGUGGGGCUGAUCUUCGCUGUAAUCCUGGCCUUUAUCACACGUUUCACCAAGAAAGUCCGGAUCAUCGAGCCACUGUUCAUCUUUCUGCUGGUGUAUCUGGCUUACCUGACCGCUGAGCUCUUCUCUCUCUCUGCCAUCCUCUCAAUGACCUUCUGUGGAAUUGGCUGCAACAAAUAUGUGGAGGCCAACAUAUCUCAGAAGUCCCGCACAACCGUGAAGUACACAAUGAAGACUCUGGCCAGCAUCGCUGAGACCAUCAUCUUCAUUUUCCUUGGCAUCUCGGCUGUGGAUAAGUCCAAAUGGGCCUGGGAUACUGGCCUCAUUGCAUGCACCCUAAUCUUCAUCUUUGUCUUUAGAGCUAUGGGUGUAGUUGGGCAGACCUGGAUUCUGAAUAAGUUCAGGUUGGUUCCUCUGGAAAAGAUUGACCAGGUGGUGAUGUCGUAUGGUGGCCUGAGAGGGGCAGUAGCGUUUGCACUGGUAGUCUUGCUAGAUGGAGAGCAGGUUAAGGCAAAGGAUUACUUUGUUGCGACCACCAUAGUUGUGGUUUUCUUCACAGUGAUGUUUCAGGGUCUGACCAUCAAGCCUCUGGUGAAAUGGCUAAAGGUUCCUCGCAGCACCAACAGAAAACCCACCAUUAAUGAGGAGAUCCACGAGCGCGCUUUUGACCAUAUUCUGGCUGCAAUUGAAGACAUUGCUGGUCUGAAUGGAUACCAUCACUGGAGGGACAAGUGGGAGCAGUUUGACAAGAACUAUCUGAGUAAGUUGCUGUUGCGAAAAUCUGUAUAUCACAAAAGCGAACUCUGGGAGGCCUAUCAGAAAAUCAACAUCAGAGAUGCCAUCAGUGUUAUUGAUCAGGGUGGGAACAUUUUGACUUCUGCCCGACUCUCGCUGCCCUCUAUGGCUAGCAGAACAUCCUUCCCUGAGGUUACCAAUGUUACCAACUACCUGAGAGAGAAUGGCAGUGGAGUGUGUCUGGACCUUCAGGUGAUUGACACAAACCCUGGAGCAAAGGUAGAAGAGGAAACAGAGACACAUCACGUGUUGGCUGGAAACCUCUACAAGCCUAGGAGACGGUAUCAGUCACACUACAGCCGGCACUUUAUGACAGUUGGGGAUCAGGAAAGGCAGGAGCGGGAGGUGUUCCAGAGAAAUAUGCGCAACCGCCUGGAGUCCUUCAAAUCCACUCACUACAAACGGCACAAGAAGGACCGCAGCCAGAAAAAGCGAAAAGGCUCAGAUGCCAAAGAGCAAGAUGCCAAUGAUAAACCCAGGAGAAAUGUCAGCUGGCAAGACAAAGACCCCAUAAUAGUUCCACUGGAGUCUGAGGAGAAUAAGGGAGAGCGUUCAGAGCCAGACAAAGAUGAGGAUGUUGGGAUCACCUUUGUGGCCCGCAAAGGUUCGGAAACACCAAAGGAGAGACCCAAAUCAGUCCCUGCUGCUUUGGAGGUGUGUCAGAGCCCAUCUGUGGCCCCUCCAUCUCCCACUUGUGGAGAGAAGAACCUCCCGUGGAAGGGAGGCAUUGGUACACUUCCUCCUUGCGUGUCUGUAGAGGCCACUAAGAUUAUCCCCAUAGACCUGCAGCAGGCCUGGAACCAGAGCAUCUCCUCCCUGGAGAGUCUGGCCUCUCCUCCCGUUCCUCAGGAGCCUCAGCACCCACGGGUCAGCGCCCUCUACAGGCUGAGCGGACCUCCACGGCCUCCACCGCCACCCCCUCCUGUUCCAGGCCAGUUCCAGUUCCCUGGGGGCAAAGAAGAAGAGGAGGAGAGUGCCCUUUCUCAGCAGCAGCAGGAAAUGCAGCCUCUUAUGCCAUCCUUGAGGCCACCGCCUCCUCCACCAUCUGGUGCAGUGCCUCCUGGGAGAAGGAGGAACCCGUGUGUGUAUCUGAGGAGCCUGGUAACGACGCCACCAUCAGGCAGCGAGCCGCAUAGCAGAGGACCAACACAGCUGUAGAAAUUUCUAGCUUUCUUUCUCUGUAUUUCUUCCUUUCUGUCUUUUUCAGGUCCUUCAUGACUCGUUCCUCCUAGGCUCACUUGAUAGCCUUAGGUGUUUCCCACUCAAUUUAUAUUUUUACACCUUAAAAAUAUUGCAUACUUAAAAAAGGUCAGCAGUGGUGUGUAGGAAAGUUAAAACUCUGUAGUUUAAUGGGACUUUAAUAAGUAAAACUGGCAGCAGCUACGGUCUUGGAAACUGUAUGGACAGGGCAGUUCCACUUACAUGGGAAAACCGUUCCAAUUUUCAUGUAUUUUUUUCUUUUUUUGUUUGAAUUAAAUGCCCUGUUUUAUAUACUACAAUGUAAAUGCACGUCAAGAUAUUACACUUCUACAAUAUAUCUGUCUAGACUACAUGUCCAGGGCCCUUUGGGUGUGUCUGUUAAACAAGGCUUUCAUUUAACAGCCAAGCCCUCUAAACCUUACAAAAGAAAAAAAAAAUAAAGAAAAACUGGCAAAAUGUCCAAUUGCUAAAUGGCAGUGGCUUAACUGCUUAACUGCUUAACAUUAUUCUUCAACUU